AUGGCGCAUGGGAUCGCCGCAGAAAUUGCGGCGGCGAUGGAGAAGCAACAAGACGGCCCCGGCGCAGCUCCUGUUGGUGUCCCUCAGCACACCUGGGACGACUGCUACAUUGAAGCUCUUGGCUCUCACAUCACAAUCACCGGUUCCAUCGGCGACAAUCACAUCCGUGCUGAAGGAAUGCCACCCACUUGCAUGACCCUCGCCACGGUUGUUGGGGAUACCGCUGGUCAGGGCAUUCCCAUUCCCUGCGGCUCGGCCUGCAUGGAAUGGACGAACAUGACGCCCGAAUAUUACGAGUUCGUGCGUGGCAUGCUCAAUUCCCAGGUUCUCAGCGCCUGA